AUGACAGACUUUUUCACAACAGACCAUGACGAGUUCUUGCUGCUCGCCUGCGACGGCGUGUGGGACGUCAUGACCAACCAGGAGGCCGUACGCUUCGUCCGCGAGCGCCUGGCCGACGGCGCCGCCCCCACAGACGUCGCCUGCCAGCUGCUGGACGCCUGCCUGGCCAGCGACCCUAAAGAGGCGCGCGGCGUCGGCUGCGACAACAUGACCGCGAUCGUGGUGCAGCUGCGGCGCGGCGCCGGCGCGCCCGCUGCCGCCGAGGCGUGA